UUUUUAUUUUAUCAAAGAAAAAGAGCAGUAGCCUAAGCGUAUGUUAAGAUUUAAAGAGCUUAUUGAUGUCUAUUUACCACAAUGGAAGAAAGCAAUCCCCCUGGAAAAGAUCAAAAUAAUGACACAGAAAAGGCAGAGGAGAAAGCUAAAAAUCAAGUAACGUCACAAAAGAAUCAAUCUGCAAAUGCCACCUCUAGAAAUCCUCAACCGUCUUCCCUAGGUGCAUCAGCUAUAUCCACAGAAGGAGAAAAUGGUCAGCACUAUGGCAGUGCAUUACCUUCAAAACAUCCUGAUUCUCGUGCACAUAACCUCACCACUGUAAGUUCCCCUACAGUUCCUUUAUCCACCAAUUCACUGUGCUCUAGUCCUACAUGUAUGCCACUUGCUUUGGCUGCUGGAUCUCUUUCAUCAGGUGCUAACAGUCUAACAGACUUUGAAAAACAGGUGAUUAAUGCAACCAGUGGAUCUAUAGGACAUGGUAAUGCCCCUUACAACUGGCAGUCCACAAAGACCUCCGUCAAAGAGCGUUUACACUACCUAUAUAACACAGAGAUAAUGUGUGACAUCCACUUCCUUGUCGGAACCUUGCCCAAUCAACAAAAGAUUCCAGCUCACAAAUUCAUUCUGUCUGUUGGGAGUGCUGUGUUUGAUGCCCAAUUUAAUGGACCAAUGGCCACUUCAGAUGAAGUUAUUGAAAUCCCUGAUGUUGAACCUGCAGCAUUCUUGGCUCUACUCAAGUUUCUGUAUUCUGAUGAGGUCACAAUUUGCUCUGAUACUGUGAUGACAACUUUAUAUACUGCUAAGAAGUAUGCAGUUCCUGCAUUGGAGAAAGCAUGUGUGGAUUUCCUGAAGCGCAAUUUGAGUAGUGAUAAUGCUUUUAUGUUGCUGACUCAGGCACGACUCUUUGAUGAACCUCAGUUAGCAGCUCUCUGUUUGGAGACCAUUGAUAAAAACACUUCUGAAGCCAUCAUGGCUGACGGUUUUACGGACAUUGACAAUGAUACUCUCUGCGUAGUUUUAGAAAGAGAUACACUCGGCAUCAGGGAAUGCAAACUGUUUGCAGCAGUUUGCAGAUGGGCAGAGGCUGAGUGCACUAGAAGAAAUUUGGCUCAAACCUGUGAAAAUCAGCGAAAUGUUCUAGGAAGGUCUUUGCGUCUUAUCCGCUUUCCACUGAUGAAUGUGGAAGAGUUUGCUCAGGGAGCAGCUCAGAGUGGCUUACUGGAAGACAGAGAGGUGGUCCAGCUUUUUCUCUACUUCACUGUCAAUCCCAAACCUCAGAUCAGCUUCCUGGAUGUACCCCGGUGUUGUCUUACUGGAAAGGAACAAGUGGUGUCUCGCUUUUGUCAAAUAGAAAGUCGCUGGGGAUACAGUGGCACAAGUGACAGAAUUAGAUUCAUGGUAAACAGAAGGAUCUUUGUGGUUGGGUUUGGUUUGUAUGGGAGUAUACAUGGACCAACAGAAUACCAAGUCAACUUACAGGUGAUUCAGUCUGAUUCUCUGAAAGUAAUGGGUCAGAAUGACACAACCUUCCUUUGUGAUGGGACAAACAACACUUUUAGAGUGAUGUUUAAAGAACCAGUUGAAAUUUUGCCAAACAUCAGCUACACAGCCUGUGCUACGCUCAAGGGUCCAGAUUCUUACUAUGGUGCUAAGGGACUGAGGAAAGUUACUCAUGAAUCUGUUUCAAGUGGAAAAGUAACAUUUCAGUUUACUUAUGCCUCUGGCAACAACAAUGGAACCUCAGUGGAGGAUGGACAAAUCCCAGAAAUAAUCUUUUAUACAUAGACAAGCCCUCUCCACACUUGAAGUCACACAGCUGUAAAGGUCUCCUUUUACACAGAUUUAAACAGCUGUAUAUAUUCAUCUUUGACGUGAAAUCACACAACUGUGGUACCCCUUUAUACAAAAAGAUUUAUGCAGCUGUGAAAGUCAUCUCCUACCCAUAGAGUUAAUAUAGAGGUAAAAAGCCAUCUACACACAGAGUCAGAAUAACUUUCAACUUACCAAAUCUACAACAGAUUCAAGACAACAGCCCUAGUAUAUACACAUGGGACACAGACCUGAACAGUCUUCUUACAAGGAGAGGCAACACACUAGUGCACAGCUCUGACUACCAGGUGGAAGUUUUGCACAAUUCAAGGGCUACUAAAUAUCUUUGUAUGACAGGGAUGAAGUUCAAUAUAUACUCUAACAGUUUAAUUUCAAACCUCAGAAGUGAUAAUUCAAAUAUCAUGGAUAUGGAGAAGGGAUUUAACAUCUCAAAUUCUUUUUCUUUAUGCAUUUUAACUUCAAUAUCUCGAGCCCUUGGAUAUUGAAGAUUUUUUUCUUGGUUCCACUGAGUUUGAUAUAACAAGGUUUGACUGUAUAUAUAGACAUGUGAUAAGAAAAAGUCUGUAAAACAGUUUCUUUUUUCUGUGCAUUUGCUUUCAAGCAUUGUGAUACAAUAUUGAUUUGUAACUACAUGUAUUUAUCUGUAUCUAAGAUAUUUUUAUUUACUGUAUUUUCUGAGUGUGGUUUCUUGGUACAUGUAUAUGUUAAAUAAUAUUUAUACUAAGAAUGUGAAGAGGUUUGGAAAUGUGGCUUGUUUAGUUAUACCACAGGUCAGUUACAUGUAUAUGCAUGUAUUUGCUAUUAAAUUUAAGCUUUCUAAAUGAUAUUUAAGAAACUAAUAUUUGAUUUAAUUUGAAGAUAUUAUGGAGUGAAAAAUGCAUGUAACUUAAUAUGGUCUAAAUGUAGGCAAGUAUUAAACAAGUAUUAGAUGUGACCAUAACUGUUCUUGUACUUGACUUUGCUGUCCAUUGUUUAAGUGAAUUUGAUAAUGAUAUGGUAUGAAAAAAAAUGUUAAAAUUUGAUUUCAUAUAAUAAGGCACAUUUACAAUAUAUAUAGCAUUUUCCCCAUAUUGAAAGAGUUUGGUUUUUGUGUAAGUCAGUUCCCUUUGUCCUGAUGAUUAGCUUUGCCAAUGUGCAUAAUCAUAAUGUAUGUUUGUCUUUUAUUUAUUUUGAUAAAUGUUAUAAAUGUUAUAAAUGUUGAUGCUUCGAUGAAAAAAAAAACCUGUUCUUUUAAAUUAUCAAGAACUUGUAUACCUUGAUAUUUAUGUACAAACAGUUUUCUGUAUCAAUUUGAAUGUAAUCUUACAUGUACACAAUGUGUGUUGAAUAGCUAUUUAUUAAAAAUUUUCAGUGAUGACACCCA